AUGUCUCCAGAUACUCAUUAUAAUGAUUCAAAUAUCAUUGAACUACCUUCAUUGACGAAAAGAGUGACUCAGAUUGUUUGUUCAAUUAUAUGGUGUUUGUUGGCAGCCGGUCCGGUCUUUGGUUUUGCAGCUUUGAAGCCAAUUUUAUUAGCUGAAGGUGUUUAUAGUGAAAAAUGUACUGCUAAAGAUUGUAUUGAACAGGAUUUAUCAUUGAAUUUCCUCUUCACUAUAGCAUGCAUGGUUACUAAUAUAAGUGCAUUGCCGGUUGGUUCUAUUUUGGACAGUUAUGGUCCUAAAGUUACCGGAAUCAUUGGCUCUUUUAUUAUAUUACUUGGUUCGUUAUCAUUGCAAAAUGCUAAAUUCAUUAAUUGGUUUGAUGGUUAUCUUUUCGGUUAUACUUUUUUAGCUCUUGGGGGUCCUUUUGUUUUCAUUUCGUGCUUCCAAUUGGCAAAUAGCUUCCCUAAAAAUUCAGGGUUGAUUUUGGCUUUGUUAACUGGGUCUUUUGACUCUUCUUCAGCUUUAUUCUUAAUUUACCGGGUAAUUUAUAAUAAUUAUUUUGAAUUAUCUUUGAAUCAGUUCUUCACUUACUAUUUAAUCGUUCCAUUAUUUAUUUUUGUUUGUCAGUUAUACGUUAUGCCAGUUGAUUCUUAUAAGACCAUUGGUACUUUGGCUAAAAUUGCCGAAACUGCAAUUGAUGAAACUGGUAAACCAAUGAAUAGAGAUUUAUUAUUACCUCAAGAUCGUCGGGAAUCUUUCAACUCGGAUAUUCAGUCUUUCCCUCAACCAAGUAUUACUGAAACUACUUCUUUAUUAAUGAAUGCUGGUUCUCAUUCAAGAAGAGCUUCAGUAAUCUCGAGAUCUUCUUAUGCUUCUAGAAAUUCCGUCAAGUCGGUUUAUGAACAAGAUGCUGAAGAUAAAUUAAUUAAUUCCUCCGGUGGGGUCUUUGGUAUUAUGCAUGGGUAUACUAUUACUGAACAAUUAAAAUCUCCUUGGUUCUUAUUAAUGACUUUGUUCACUACCAUUCAAAUGUUGCGUAUCAACUACUUUGUUGCUACCAUUAAAGCUCAGGAAUUAUUCCUAUAUCAUGGUGACGAGGAUUUAGCCACUACAAUUAAUCAUUUCUUCGAUUUAGCCUUACCUUUAGGUGGUUUGAUUUCAAUUCCCUUCAUUGGUCUUUUGCUAGAUAAUUUAACUACCUUAACUAUCUUGAUGAUUUUAUCAAUAGUUUCAAUCUUUAUCGGUAUAAUGGGGAUCCUUUCCUGGUUGCCCGGUACCUAUCUCGGAAUCGUUUGUUUGGUGGUUUAUAGACCUUUUUAUUACACUGCAGUUUCAGAUUUUUGUGCUAAAGUUUUCGGUUUCGAUACCUUUGGCACCGUUUAUGGUACCAUCAUUGCAUUUUCUGGGGUUUGUAAUAUCUUACAACAAUCUAUGGAUAAGUUAACUCAUGAAAUUUUCCAUAUGAAUCCAAUUCCAAUCAAUUCCGUAUUAACUUUAUUAACUUUUAUCUUUGCCGUUUCUUUGAUUGGUUACGUUAGAUCUCAAGAAUUGGAAUUGAAAAGAAAAAAUUUGGAAUUAGAAGCUCAAGAAGCUACAGUAAGAGGAAUUCCUAAUUAA